AUGAAACUUCUUGAAACAGAUACGAUAUUCGCUUUUAUGGAUAUUGGACCUAUUGCUAGAGGACAUUGUUUGGUCAUUCCCAAGCAUCACGCUGCGAAAUUGACUGAUUUACCUGACGAUCAAACCAAGGAUAUCAUUCCAGCUUUGAAGAGACUAGCUGCUGCUACUGGCGCAGAGAAUUACAAUAUCCUCCAAAACAACGGUCGGCCAGCACACCAAGUAGUCGACCAUGUCCAUUUCCACGUCAUACCUAAAUACGCCGAGAAAGGAGAUGAAGAAGGUCUAGUCAUCGGUUGGCCAACUCAAAAAGAUCUAUCGAAAGACGAUAUCACCAAAAUCUUCGAAGAUAUGAAAUCGAAGCUUUGA